UCCCUGGUGGUCUUUGGGGAUCACGAAUUCUGGGCAUAACAUUUGGGGGCUCGUCCGGGAUCCCCAAGACCCCCGAGGGUCCCCCGACCCGGAGAGCCUGACUGGCCAUGGUUAGUGUCUGUCCGUUUGUUCUGUCUUUUCUGUGUGAGCUCAUUUCUGGAAUUCUGGUAGUGCCCGACGUGGUCUAAGUGGACGCACUGGAGGACCACGGGCCGGGAGUUUCGGAAGACGUUCUGAUUCUCCCUUCUGGAGGGACGUGGCAUCCCCUCAAAGGUCUGAGAUGAGGCGGGUCGCUCCCGCUGGUUGGCGUGAGGCCGUCAUCUUUGGAGGGACAUGGAAUCCCCUCAUCGGUUUUGGAGGGAUGUGGAAUCCCCUCAUCGGUUUUGGAGGGACAUGGAAUCCCCUCAAAGGUCUAAGCUAGCUUGCAGUUUUGCUUCCAUGGAAUUGGAAGACUUUCUAGGGGCCCUCUGUUUGUCUGUUUUUGUGUUUCUCUGUUUUGUUCUGUGAACUUACUGGAUGGACGUUAUGGGACAGACUCAGACUACUCCUCUAAGUAUUAUGAUUGAUCACUUUAAGGAUGUGAGGGGAAGAGCUAACAACCUCAGUGUGGAAGUUCAAAAGGGUCGGUUGCAGUUUUUUUGUUCUAGCGAGUGGCCAACUUUCAAUGUCGGAUGGCCACCAGAGGGGACCUUCGACCUCCCCACCAUCCACCAAGUCAGGAGUAUCAUCUCUCGGCCUAAGACGGGUCAUCUUGAUCAGCUCCCUUACAUUAUCACUUGGCAGGACCUUGUAGAAGACCCACCCUCUUGGCUUAAGCCCUUCCUAGCCCCGCUCCCUCCAGAGCCAAAACCCAUUCUUGCUUUGCAGGGGACAAAGAAGAAGAAAAGUCUUAUCCAGCCUUCAGCACCCCUCUACCCUGUCUUACAGGGGGGUACUGAAGAAGAAUUAAUUUUUCCUCCCCCAUAUAACCCCUCUAGGAUGCCGGAAGAACACCAUCCUCCCCCUCCGGGGGAGGCAGACACUGUUCCGAGAGUGGGAGGCAGAAACGCUCCAGUGGGAAGCCCGCCCUUUACCAGACAAAGGGCUCAGAGAGAGCAAUCCGCCUCCACCGCCAACUCCACUCUUCUGCCGCUGCGAGCCACCGGACCCCCAGAUGCGGAGGGGAAUCAGCCCCAUCACUAUUGGCCUUUUGCCACUAGUGACCUCUACAAUUGGAAAGCUCAGAAUCCUAAGUUUUACGAGAAACCGGCAGGGCUUAUUGAUUUAUUAGACUCUGUUCUUUUUACCCAUCAGCCCACGUGGGACGAUUGCCAGAAGCUUUUGCAGGUCCUGUUCACAACUGAAGAAAGAGAAAGAAUCCUCAAUGAGGCCCAAAAACUAGUUCCGGGCACAGACAGGAAUCCCACCACCAACCAGGCUCAGAUAGAUGCCUUCUUCCCCUUAACUCGGCCCCAGUGGGAUUUCAACACAGCAGAAGGUAAGGAGAGGCUGACUUACUGGCGGUACCCGUAA